UCUGAGGCCAUGGGAUCAUUAAAGGUUUGUUCCGAUGCGACCAAUUGGAGGUCUUGAUUUGUCUCAUGUGAAGUAGGCCUAAGAAAAGAGCCUUGUGGAGUUCCCCUGCAUUUUUAGAAUAUUCUAAUUAAAGAGACAGAUCUGUUGAUGACUAUUAAUCAAAGAUAUCUUCUUCUUUUGUUAUUUUUAGUCAGGAUGUGGAGACGUUGGCGAGAAUAUUGCAAAACCAUGUUCAACAAUGUGUAUCAUCGGAUCUGCACCAAUCUGACUUAAUUUUCAUCCAUUCUUAUCAUCUUUGUCUGAUCUUGCUAUGGGACUUGCUCUGUUUUCCUCUGAUGGCAAACUAAUUUGGAAGGGGAGCACACAAACUGGCAAAAGACGCCCCCAGGAAGAAGCCACAAUGAAGCACAGCGGUGGGAACCAAGCCUGCUAUGUUCUUGGUCAAAAGACCCCAAGCAUCCGAGAUCUCUACUCGUUGGGACACAAACUAGGUCAAGGACAGUUUGGGACGACUUACAUGUGCAAAGAGAUCUCAACAGGGCGUGAAUACGCAUGCAAGUCUAUAACAAAACGAAAGUUGAUAUCAAAGGAAGAUGUGGAAGACGUACGCAGGGAAAUUCAAAUCAUGCACCAUCUGGCUGGCUACAAGAACAUUGUCACCAUUAAAGGUGCUUACGAGGAUCCAUUGUAUGUUCACAUCGUGAUGGAGCUUUGCUCAGGUGGGGAAUUGUUUGACAGAAUUAUCCAGAGAGGACAUUACAGCGAGAGAAAAGCAGCUGAGCUGAUAAAGAUCAUCGUUGGUGUUGUUGAGGCUUGCCAUUCGCUUGGUGUCAUGCAUAGAGAUCUAAAGCCCGAAAAUUUCUUGUUGGUUAACAAGGACGACGACUUCUCUCUCAAAGCCAUUGAUUUUGGGCUUUCCGUGUUCUUCAAACCAGGUCAAAUAUUCGAGGAUGUGGUUGGAAGUCCGUAUUAUGUUGCUCCUGAGGUUCUGCUCAAGCACUACGGACCCGAGGCUGAUGUGUGGACCGCAGGGGUCAUACUGUACAUAUUGGUGAGCGGAGUCCCUCCGUUCUGGGCAGAAACACAGCAAGGGAUAUUUGAUGCAGUGCUGAAGGGACAUAUUGACUUUGACUCCGACCCUUGGCCCCUAAUAUCCGACUCUGCAAAAAACUUGAUCCGUGGCAUGCUAUGUUCCCGGCCCUCUGAGCGACUGACAGCUCAUCAAGUAUUGCGCCAUCCUUGGAUCUGUGAAAAUGGAGUUGCGCCAGACAGAGCACUAGAUCCUGCUGUGCUUUCUCGUCUUAAACAGUUCUCUGCGAUGAAUAAACUAAAGCAGAUGGCUUUACGGGUAAUAGCUGAGAGUCUCUCGGAGGAAGAAAUUGCUGGACUGAAGGAAAUGUUCAAAGCAAUGGACACGGAUAACAGUGGAGCGAUUACGUUUGACGAGCUGAAAGCCGGGUUGCGAAGAUAUGGUUCAACCCUCAAGGAUACUGAGAUUCGUGACCUUAUGGAGGCUGCAGAUAUUGACAAGAGUGGGACCAUAGAUUAUGGUGAAUUCAUUGCUGCAACAAUCCAUCUGAACAAAUUAGAGCGUGAAGAACAUCUUCUGUCAGCCUUCAGGUACUUUGACAAAGAUGGGAGCGGUUACAUCACUAUCGAUGAGCUACAGCACGCAUGUGCUGAACAGGGAAUGAGUGAUGUCUUUCUAGAAGAUGUGAUCAAGGAAGUCGACCAAGACAAUGAUGGAAGGAUUGACUACGGGGAGUUUGUAGCUAUGAUGCAGAAAGGCAUUGUUGGAAGAACAAUGAGGAAAAGCAUAAACAUGAGCAUCAGGAACAAUGCCGUCUCGCAGUGAGAAGCAAGCAAUCUCACGAUUAUGUACAGUCGUUUUUGAUAGAGCUGAACGAAGAUAUGCAAAAGCUACAAAGCUCUGCAGAAAUAUGGUU